CACAGUGAGACACCGACCAACACGAAAACAGAUUUAAAUACUAUAUAACGAGGAAGCUUUCUGACGAAAGACAAACAUUCGAAGGAUUAUUACUUCAUUAUGGCACUGGUUUAUACUCGGAAUACAUCGACUGCUUUUGAUCGUUUAAACAGUUAUAGUAUUUCUGCUAGAAAUCGUCACUGGAGCGCGAGACAGGCGACUGGCUGAACUGUUAUUGAUCAGAGAGUAAUUGUGACAGCAAUGGGACCAUUUUCUACCCUUCUGAAUAAUCUAUUCUCUUGUUGGAGGCCACAACACAAAACCCCUAAGCUAUUGUCCUUGAAGCUUGAUUAUUUUUUUCCUACCAUGACAAAGACAACUGAAAUUCGACCCUUCAGUUCAUACAGGAGAAAGUUAGUCAAUUUUGUGUUACAGAACAUUUCCUUUUUUCUGUGUGAAGUCUUCAGGAAAGUCAUACAUCACUGUAUGACUGGUAUAGAGUUACUAAGCAUAAACAUGUUCUUGUUUACCAGAGAAACAGUGGUCAUGACCAGGAACAGUGAAAUCAAAAUGGCCACCAUUUUUGAGACGACUGUUAAUCCACAAAUGAAGGCAAUGAUCAAUUCUGAUCAGCUGGCAGGGGCAGAAGUUCUGCUCACAGACUGGCUUGAAUGUCAGUCUGAAAAGCAGGAUGAUCAUAGUGACUAUGAAACUGAAUGGAGUGAGGAAGAAGAUUGGUCAGAUGAAGGAGAUUCAGAGAUGUCUCCAGAGAACAGAGAGUUAUGGGACUCCUUCUUGAACAACAGUGAUCCUUACAGUCCACUCUGCUUCUCCUGCCCUGCUGAAGUAAAAGCUUCAGAUAGUGAUCAAUGUGAUGAUGAACUUGUUCCUUCUAAUCAUCAAGAGACAGAACCUGAAUGGAGUGAGGAAGAAGAUUCUGAUUGGUCUGACGAAGGAGAUUCAGAGAUGUCUCCAGAGAACAGCGAGUUAUGGGACUCCUUCUUGAACAACAGUGAUCCCUACAGUCCACUCUGCUUCUCCUGCCCUGCUGGACUGAAAAUAAAGGCAUCAGAGGUUAAACAAAACCACACACCUUCCAGCCCCACAGCCAGAGAGGUUGAGGAGCACAAUCCUGACCAGAAUACAAAGAAAAGAGCUAAGAAGGUGCGUUUCAGUGAGGAGGUGACCAUACACACCCUUGAGGCAUGGGGAUUUGCAAGCCAGGAAGCACGAGAUGGGUCGUGCUGGAUGGAGAUGGCGAGAGAUCGAGAGCGUUUCAAAAGGAGAGUAGAGAAAGCUGGAGAGCUCAUCAGCCCGUGCCUCACAGCUCAGCACAGAGCCAGAGUUUUGGACAGACUGAGGAGCCACUCUCAUAUUUUAGAAGUUCAGUGAUUGCAAACCUAUAAAUGUAGUAAAAUUAUGGCAGCUUUUUUUUUUAUUUUUCUAUAAUUUAUUAUAUGGUUCUAUUAUAUUUACCUCAAGACACUGAAGUUACUGCACUGUGAAUCAUUCUUUGUUGGUUAAAUAAAGAUUACAUGAACUUUUA